UGUGAAAGUCGUCCCAAAGAACUUGAAAACGUAAUCAAUUCUUUUCUCCGCGACCAUACUCGAUCGAGUGAAAAAAAUGCGAGAAAGGGGAUGAGAAAGUGGCACGCAUGCGCGAAUCCAUACCCACAUUUUAACGCUGCAAUGUUAUCAGAAGCUCCGAAAUACACACAAAGACCUAAAAUGUUCACGAGUUUAGAAAAGUUCGGACUGGUGUGCAUAUCGAUUUUAGGCUUUCAGGUAGUUAGGUUUUUAUUCAGAUUUUUCUACAAUAAUUUUAUUGCGGUCAAUUUGAAAAUCAAUGCUGUGGACCUGAAAGACGCCGGACGAUGGGCCGUUGUCACCGGCGCUACAGACGGAAUUGGCAAGGCCUACGCCGAAAUGUUGGCUAAAACGGGCCUGAACGUGGUCCUCAUAAGCCGAAGCCGAGAAAAACUAGAAACGGUAGCCAAAGACAUAGUGUCAAAAUACGGGAUCGAGACAAAAAUAAUCGAAGCCGACUUCACCAACACCGACCGCAUCUACACCGAGAUCGACAAGCAGCUCACGGGUUUGGAAGUCGGCGUUUUGAUUAACAACGUCGGGAUGAGUUACCCCCACCCCGAGUACUUCCUCGACUUGAAAAAUAAAGACGAAAUAUACAACAACAUAAUUAAUUGCAACAUACAUUCUGUCACAAAUAUGUGCAAAAUCGUCUUACCCGGGAUGGCGGAGCGUCGUCGUGGAGUCAUCGUGAACCUAUCGUCAACGGCUGCCCAAAUCCCCAGUCCGUUACUAACAGUGUACGCUGCCACGAAAGCGUACGUCGACAAGUUCAGCCAGGAUUUGUCUUCGGAAUAUUCGAAAUUCGGGGUCACGAUCCAGUGCAUUCUUCCUGGUUAUGUGGUCACGAACAUGUCCAAAAUCCGUGCCACGACGUGGAUGGCACCCUCCACCACGAAGUUCGUCAAAGAGGCUAUUAAAACUAUAGGGGUUGUGGAUCGCACGACUGGGUACUACCCGCACACGUUACUCGUCAUGGUAGUCACAACUCUGGACUCUCUAUCGCCGAGCAUCUCCAAGUGGUUGAUCACCAGAACCAUGGAGAAUAUUAGGUCACGGGCCUUGAAGAAGGCCAAGAACUGACUGAUUUUUCUUGUUUUGUUUUAAUUGGUAUUUAUUAUUUUGUUAAAACUUGAGGUGAUAAUAAAGGAUGAUUGAAAGUCCCUAA